GGUUGGUCACAUCGUCUCCUCUGUCCGUCGCAAUUACGUAUAAAAGGUAAUGCGGCGGAGAUAGUUGCUUUCAUCUGGCACACGUACCUGUCCAGCAGACAACACUAAAAUGUCACAUCCGCUGUUCUUCUGAGCCAACUUAAGAAGGAGAGUUUCACAUAGGUUUGUCGACAAAAUCUUAAGCCAUGGAGCACACGCAAGAGCCGAAUUCCACCUCUAUUUCUGAAAACGCACCAUCUGAUUUAGUCCUGACUGCCACCGUUGAAAACCUAUUCAAGUUGAUUGUGCAAAGCAUCGUUUUCAUUUUCGGCGUUCCCGGUAAUUGCCUCAUACUCCGUGUCUACUGGACAAAGACUCUAAAAACCAGCACCCAUGUAUUCAUCAUUGCCUUAGCCUGGGCCGAUCUGGCUGUCUGCGUGCUGGCUGUGUAUUCUAUUUAUCAUACGGUGGCUCAAAUCACCGGCAAUGAGGUCCAUGAGUUCACAUUUGUUUUCUCAGCUUUUCAGGGAAUAACCCUCGGCACGUCGGUUAUGAUGACUGCUGUGAUCGCAGCGGACCGCUACGACUGCGUAUGCCGGCCACACCGCCGGUUCUUCACCCACAAACGCGGCAAGAUAGCAGCUGGGGCAGCAUUUGUAUUCUCACUUGUCAUCAAUAUUCCUGGCUUAAUCCCCAGAACACCUGGAUCGAGUUACCGGUCCUUGGACCUUUUGAGGUUGGCAUUCCAAGUCAUUUGCUUCGUCGUGGCACUCGUGUUGAUCGCCCUGUGUUACGGCAAAGUCUACAUGACCAUCAAGAAACUACGGAACUUCCGUAAGAAACACACCAAAGUCGGCGUCAAAAGUACCACUCGAGAUUGCAGACUAGCGGACCAAUGUUCGACAAGGCCACACGAUUCCGUGCUCACAAAUAUUGAACCGAACAUUUCUGCCGUCGCUUCCGUAUCGACGUUAACCAAACCACGCUCGAGUACGGCAGCUGAUGCCAGUAGACAGGUAGAAAACCAGGGAGCACCAGGCCACGAAAUCGACGAAUUGACCUUUGAUGAAAGCGGGAAAAGAUGUGCCAGUCACCCACUAGCGAAUUUGACCAAAAAUUGUCUUGUGUCGAAGGAUAAAGACCCUCGUGUUGUAAAUGGUACCAAUGACACUCGACAACAUCAAGGUUACGCUGGACGCGCACCACCAAAGGCAGAUGCAGCAGUUUUACAGCGUAAGACAACCAGGAUGCUCUUCAUCACCAGCGUUGUGUUUCUCUUGACCUGGCUACCCUACUGGAUCCGUGUUGCUGCUACGAUUGCUUCAUACUCCGACCCACUGUUCAAUACGAUCCUCCAGCAGCUCUCCGUAACUCUUUACGUCAACAACGCCGUGAAUCCACUGAUUUAUGGACUUGCCAACAGACGGUUCAGGAAAGACUGCAAGGCAGUUCUCAGUAGGAUUCAACUCUGCUAUAGAUAGACACUAGUUGAUGCGAUUCGUUGACUUUACGUAUUUGAUGUUUGAAUUGUAAGUACAUAUACAUUUAAGACACAUUUUUUGACAAAAUAUAAA